UAUACACUGUGUAUUACGGUUUCACACCCGGAAGCACUGCGUGCUGUCUUGUCUUCUUCUGGCACAAAGGAGUUAAACUUCUGCCUCCAUGUGGACAACUUAUUGACAUUAACCGUUCUGUGAUCAGCCAUUUGCGUUGAGGAAAAGCCGCGCUGGUGGGAUUAUUUUCGCGCAGGCAGAGCGCAGCGGCUGCAGAGCGCAGAGCCAUCCUCGCCGUCACACGGUGACAUUGACACACUCGGAGUGUUUGUGCUGCUGUGCCCAAGUUGGUGCUUCGGAGCGUCCCCCAGCCUCAGCAACAAUGAGCGAAUACUUCAGCCUUUCGGACUGCGACGUUAUCGGCUUCGACCUGGACCACACGCUCUGCCGCUACCAUCUGAAAGAGACCUCCAGGCUUAUCUACGAGAGCUUUGCCAGAUAUCUGGUGGAGCAUAAAGGAUAUGACAAAGACCUGCUGAAUCUAACUCCUGCUACCUGGGAUUUCUGUUUUAAAGGGCUAGUGGUGGAUCUGGAGGAUGGAAACCUUGUAAAGCUAGCGGAAGAUGGAACUGUCUUAAGAGCGACACAUGGAACCAGUGAUCUCAGCACAGAAGAAAUCAUCAAACAUUAUGGCCCCAAAAGAGAGUGGAAGCACUUUAAUAGCCUCAGUACCUCCUUCACGAGAUCUUCAAAAUACUACUUCUAUGAUAACUACUUUGAUCUGCCUGGUGCCCUUCUCUGUGGACGAGUCGUUGACAUGUUGCACAAGCGAGGAAAUGAGGUGAAUUCUGACUUUUGGAAAGACAUGGUGGCUGCCAUUGACCACAAUUACAACACAUCUGCGUUCAGAGAUGAUGCAGGGACAUACUUCCCAAGUGUGAAGAGGGAUCCGGGCCAGUACCUGCAGCGUUGUUCCGACUCUGUCAAGACUUGGCUGCGCAGCAUGAAAAAUGCUGGCCAGGUUCUGCUCCUCAUUACCAGCUCCCAUAGCGACUACUGCAGGCUCAUCUGUGAACACAUCCUGGGGAAGGACUUUGAGGAACUAUUUGACAUCAUUAUCACAAAUGCCCUUAAGCCAGGAUUCUUCUCCUUGGUGCCCCAGCAGAGGCCCUUUAGAACCCUUGUGAACGAUGUGGAGGAGAGCGAAGGUCUGCCGUCGCUGGACAAACCCGGCUGGUACUCCCAGGGCAACUGGCCACACCUCCACGAGUUGCUCAAGAAAAUGACGGGGAAACCAGAGCCCAAGGUAGUUUAUUUCGGUGACAGCAUGAGAUCAGACAUGUUCCCUGCCAGCAGCUUUGGGAAGUGGGAGACGGUGAUGAUAGUGGAAGAAAUGGAGGGGGAGGGCGUCCCAAGGAGUGAAGCGGCAUUGUCCAAUGAGGCCCAAGUGGAGCCUCUGGAGAAGAAGGGAAAGUUUGAGGAGCAGGGCAUGAAGUCACCCUCUGCUGUGUCCAACCAGUGGGGCUCUUACUUUGUUGAUGUGCAUAAAAGUGGAGGAGGGGAUGAGGAGAGCCAGAAGCUGACCUGGUGCUGCCACUGCAUUCACAAAUACAGCACCAUGGCCAUCCCUAGUGUUGAGCACAUAGCAGAUCUGCCUCUGGAUUACAAGUUUCCCAGGUUUUCCCCUGAUAAGCCCUGCACCACCGGCUAUUACCCUAGACCCCCGGAUUCUUUGCUGAAAAGGUGUGAGAGUAUGUCAUAA